AUGCGCUUCUUUCAUGGUCUGGAGGAGGCAGUGAUCCGCAACAUUGAAGCAUGCAAAGAAUUUGCUCAAUCCAUCCGUUCUGCCUAUGGACCUAAUGGGAGGAAUAAGAUGAUUAUUAAUCACAUUCAGAAGCUCUUUAUCCAGCACCCAGCAGCAAAGCUGAUGGUUUUAGCCUCUCAGAUGCAGGAACAGGAAGUGGGUGAUGGAACAAAUUUUGUGAUCACCUUCUCUGGUGCUCUCUUGGAAUAUGCUGAAGAUCUUUUGCGGAUGGGCUUGACACCAAUGGAAGUUGUAAGAGGAUAUGAGAUGGCACUCCAGAAGGCACUUGACAUACUGCCAUCUCUGGUAGUGAAGGAAGUCAAGGAUUUCCAGAACUUGGAUGAAGUAGUCUCUGCAAUGAAGGCUUCUAUAAUGAGCAAGCAGUGUGGCUCUGAAGACUUCCUCACCAGACUCAUCGCUCAGGCCUGCAGUUCAAUCUUGCCGGGGAAGACAACUUUCAAUGUUGACAACGUUCGUGUGUGCAAAAUCCCAGGAGCAGGAGUGAACCAGUCUCAAGUGGUGCAAGGGAUGGUGUUCAAGCGGGGUGUGGAGGGGAACAUCAAUCGCAUGGAGAAGGCCAAGAUUGCAGUUUUCACCUGCCCCUUGGAUCUUCAGCAGACUGAGACCAAGGGAACAGUGUUGAUCCGGUCAGCAGAGGAGCUGAUGAACUACAGCCGUGGGGAGGAAAAUAUGCUGGAGAAACAGCUUCAGUCUAUUGCUGAAUCAGGGGCUACAGUUGUUGUCUCUGGUGGGAAGUUUGGGGACAUGUCCCUCCAUUACCUGAACAAGUAUGGGCUCAUGGGAGUGAGACUUAACUCAAAGUUUGAUGUCCGACGCCUGUGCAAGACUAUUGCAGCCACUGCUCUUCCUAAGAUUCGAGCCCCUACACCAGAGGAACUGGGUGACUGUGACUUGGUGUAUGUUGAUGAGAUUGGAGAUACAUCAGUGGUAGUGUUCCCCAAGAUGCUGGCUGAGAAUGCAGGUGUGAAGCAGACUGAGGCUCUUGCUCAGCUUCUUGCUGCUCAUCAGGAGGGGAACAAGAAAGCAGGCUUCAACAUAGAGACAGAGGGAAAGUCAGUUGUGUUGGAUGCAGAGGCAGCAGGAAUCCUGGAUGCAUAUUUGAUGAAGAUGUGGGGCUUGCGUUAUGCAACACAGGCAGCAUGCACUAUCCUUAAGGUGGAUGAGAUCAUCAUGUCGAAACCCAGUGGUGGGCCGAAGCCUCGUUUGGGCAAUACCUUGCAAGUGAUGCAAGUAGAGAAUCCAAACAAGAAAGUGCAUGCACUUGAAGUCCUCCCACCUGGAACUGUCAUUCACAAUAUCAAAGAAAUUUCUUCUAAUGCACUCCUUGUAUUUGGUGAAAAGUAUCUGUCAGUCAUCUCAUUUGAAGUGCCUGGUGAGGAAAUAAGCAUGAAGAUUCAGAAAUCCUGGCUGCAAAAUGACUGGAUCUUGGAUGCUGCACUGUUACAUUCAUUUUCUAGUCAAAGCAAUGGUGAAACUUGUGAAUUUUCUGCUCUCACUGCUCACAACCGACUUCUAUUUGUUUUGGAAUCCAAGACGAUAGAGAAAGGUGUCAUCUUUUCCAUUGAGUAUGAUCCAGAGCUGCAAGUCUUGGCCACAGCAUCAGACGAUCGAUCUGUUCGCACAUGGAGCAUAAUGGGAGACCAGAACCAAGAUGUAGCUCUCUCUCAUUUCUGGCAGCAUGCCAAGAUUACACCUCAGCUUGUCCUGUAUGGUCAUGUGGCCAGAGUGCGGACAGUUGCUCUUACACCAUCAUUCCUCCUGUCUAUUGGAGAGGACUCCCUAUUGUGCAUCUGGGACUGGAAAGGCCAACUAAUAUCAAAAAGGGAACCUCACCCAUCUUCUGCCAUCUGGUGUGUUGACUAUGACCCAUUGAGAAACCUCAUCUUCACUGGUGGAGGAGAUUCUUCCAUUCGAAUCACCAUGCCUUCUCACAUGAGCCCAAAUGGAAAGAUGACAUAUCCACCACUGGGAAAAGCCUAUCUCUUGACCCUUCUUGAUGAUUCUUGCUGCUUUGUGAUCCUUUAUGAUGGCCAGAUAUUUCUUGUGGAAAUUCCCACAUCCAAGUGGGAACAUCAAGGAGGAGAGUCAAUUGUGAAGCUGCAGCAACGCUUUGGCAAACUUCAUGGAUCUCAUGGAGUGACAUCUAUUGGAGAUGUAGGAGACAACCUGUGGUAUUCUUGUGGACGAGAUGGGACCUUCUGUCUUUUUCAGCAAGAGUCCUCUGGUCACUUUGUCUCACUUCAGCGUGUUUCAUCUCCCACCCCAUGGAUUGCAAACAUGUUUUGGUCCUUCUGUAUCCCCUUGGCUUGUGGAUUCCAUGCUGCUGACUUUUGCCUGUGGGAGGUUUCAAGUGGGGUGUCUGUUUUCAAGAUGAAUUGUGGAGGAGGCCACCGAUCAUGGGACAUUUAUCUGGAUGUUCAGCAUUCCUUGUUGUCCUUAGUCUUUGUCUACAUCAAGGACAGUGGCCUUUGCAUCCUCAAGGAGACCCAUCCCCUUGCUUCUUUGACUGACUCAGAUAAUGUCUUUCUCAUCACGGGGUCUGAAGAUACAAGUGUGGGAGUUUGGAAUGAGUCCUUCGCUCCUGCGGGGUUCUGUGUUCAUCAUGCAACAGGUGUCAGGGCCCUUUCCAUCCUGGUAUAUAAGGACUCAACUCUUCUCUUCUCUGGCAGUGGCCGGUCUCACUUAUGUGCCUGGAGACUGUCUCUACAAUCAGGGUUCCCUCAAGUCCUCAUGGAAAACUUAACUUCAUUGACCCUCCCUGCUGCAUUUGGUUUUGAAAAUGGAGAGGAAUGUGAUACUCGCAUUAUGGCCCUUGACUCCAUUCAUAAUGAGCAAGAUGUUUUGCUGGCAGUUGCCUUGUCUGAUGGCACAGUCAGGCUGGUGAAGUUCCAAGAUUCAUCUGGGUUAAACCUGGAAUUGGCUCUGCUGGCUCUUAAGAACUGCCCCUUGGGUGUGAAGUGGUUCCUGUGUGACUCAAUCUUGUAUCUUCUGGCCUGGGCCACAGAUGGUCACAUUCGACUCUUCUCCUGCACUCAAGAUGGAUGGCGAAGUCACAAGCCUUUUGCCCUUCACCAGUCUGGGAUCAAUGCCAUGGAUGUAGUACAUAUAAAAAAUGUACAGAAGAGAAACUCAAUAGUACUUGGGAGUGGAGGAGAUGACAAUGCAAUCACCCUUUCCCUCAUCUCUCCUUGCCCAGAUCUAUCUCUCCUUGCCAAAGAUACUUUCUCCCAUCUUCAUUCCGCUCAAGUCACAGGUCUGAAGUUCCUGAGUGAUCCAAUGUUCUUUGUGACAUGUUCAGUGGACCAGCGCUUGAUCCUCCUUCAGUGGUCUUUGGAGGAGAGAGCUGGCAAGUUUCAUUUCCAGAUCUCUGUGAUGCACAUCCUAGUUUCAUCCAUUCCUGACAUUCAUGCCAUGCUCCUGUCUUAUUGCAAGGACCAGACUUGGCUUUGGGUCAUUGGAGCUGGGAUUCAAAGGUUCUCCCUUGUUUUCCCCAAUUGAGCCUCUUAUCCUGAUGCGGUAAUCCCACAGGACUGGACACAGGUCCCAAUAAAUUAUGGAAUUUCAUGUUUUCAUGUUGAUGA